UUGACUCAAAAAACACCUAAACCACCAUACACGCUCAGCUGGAAGAUGAAGGUCUCGUGUGCUCAAUCCUGGCUUCUCUUAUUGCUCCUGGUCCAAAAUGGCAGAAGCCAGGUUUCAGCCCUGUGUUCAGGACCCACAGUGCUCUGCUGUGCUGGCAGGAAUGACAGUUGCACACAGGAGUGUUACUGUGAUGAGUACUGCGUCACAGCCGGAGACUGCUGUGCUGACUACAUUCAAACAUGCCAGCUACCACCUUCUUCACCAUCCUCAUUUCCAACUUCUCUACCAUCAACCUCACCACCUUCAUCUUCUUCAUCAUCAACCUCACCUACAACCAACCAAUCACCAACAUCAUUAUCCUCAUCACCAACCUCACCACCUUCAACCUCUGCAUUCUCUUCAACACCCCAGCAGAAAGAAAAUAUCAGAGCGAUCACAGUCUUCCACACACGCGUUCGCUCCACAGCCAAUGAGGAGGCAAUGCGGAAAUCUGUGCAGGCUUUCAUUCUCCACCUCAGUUUGACGAGGAGACAGCGAUGUGAAGACUGCAGCGCACGAGUGCUAAACAUCAGCAAGAAAUACCACCACUGACCAUAACAUCAAAUCAGACUUACUAUAUUAGAGCAGCAAAACUUGUGAGAUAAUGCACUGUUUUUUAGUAGUUAAUCAUUAACUGACCUUCAACAUCUGGUCUUCUUCCAGGUGUUUGUUUAAUCCUCCGCGGUGUGUAAAUGAUGGCACUA